AGGUGAAAAGCUACAACCUUGUUGGCCACAAAUUUCCAUGGAGAAAACAAUGCACAUAGCAGUUAUUCCAAGCGCAGGGUUCAGCCACUUAGUGCCCAUUCUCCAAUUCUCCAGGAGACUUGUUGAGCUCCAUCCAGAGAUCCAUGUCACAUGCAUCAUUCCCACACUUGGGUCUCCACCAAGUGCCUCGAAAACCAUUCUUGAAACUCUUCCACCAAACAUCAACUCCAUUUUUCUCCCACCAGUGAACCCCAAGGACCUUCCACAAGGGCUUCCUAUGGCAGCCCAAUUUCAGCUAGCAGUGACUCACUCUUUAUCAUCUAUACAUGAAGCCUUGAAGUCCUUAACUUUAAGGACACCCUUUUUGGCCAUGGUGGUUGAUUCUUUUGCUGCAGUAGCACUAGAUUUCGCACAUGAGUUCAACAUGUUGUCUUAUAUUUACUUCCCUGCAGCAGCUACCACACUCUCUACACACUUCUAUUUGCUAAAGUUGGAUGAAGAAACUUCAUGUGAGUGUAGAGAUUUGGUAGAACCUAUCAAAGUACCAGGUUGUGUACCAUUUCAUGGUAAGGAUCUCUAUACCCAAGCUCAAGAUAGAACAAGUCAAUUUUACAAACUCUCACUCCAACGUUACAAAAGAUUUUUUGGUGUCAAUGGGAUUUUUGUGAAUAGCUUCUUAGGAAUGGAAAGAGGUCCUAUAAAAGCAUUGACUGAGGAGGGAAGUGGCAAGCCUCCUGUGUAUGCUGUUGGACCCAUUAUCCAAACGGAUAAAGGUUGUGGUAAUGAUGCAAAUGCAAUAGAGUGUGUUGCAUGGUUGGAUAGACAACAACCUUCUUCUGUGUUGUACGUUUGUUUUGGAAGCGGUGGAACAUUGUCACAUGAACAAAUGAUUGAGUUGGCUUAUGGUUUGGAAUUGAGUGGUCAUAAGUUCUUGUGGGUUGUAAGAGGACCUAGUAAUACACCUAAUGCUACAUAUCUUGAUGCACAAAAUGGUGUUAACCCAUUGAAGUUCUUGCCAUUUGGGUUCUUAGAGAGAACCAAAGAGCAAGGUAUGGUUAUUCCUUCAUGGGCACCCCAAGUUCAAGUGCUUGGACAUAGUUCAAUUGGAGGGUUCUUGAGUCAUUGUGGAUGGAAUUCAACACUUGAGAGUGUGGUGCAAGGUGUGCCACUAAUCACGUGGCCUUUGUUCGCAGAGCAAAGAAUGAAUGCAGUUGUGCUGAGUGAGGGCCUCAAAGUGGGCCUAAGGCCAAGAGUUAGUGAAAAUGGGUUGAUUGAAAAGGUAGAAAUUGCUAAGGUGAUAAAAGGUCUAAUGGAAGGGGAAGAAGGUAAGGAAAUGCUCAAGAGAAUGAAGAAGUUGAAAGAAGAUGCCAUUAGUGCACUCAAAGAAGAUGGCUCUUCUGCAAAGACCAUUUCUCAGUUGGUACAAAAGUGGAAAACUUUGCCAUAA